UCUGGCGUGGAGAGUUUGGGGAUCUACGGCAACCAAAGGCUCUGACUUCGUAUGAUUGCGGCAGGCGAGCGAGUGAGUCGUGCGUGAGGAAAAAGAGGCAAGGCUUUUCCGAGAUCGUCUCAGCGAUGGCGCUUCGGUCGCGGUUCUGGGGGUUCUCCGUUUGCAGGAACCCUGGGUGCAGGUUCGCAGCCCUCUCAACCAGCUCCAAGCCGGCGGCGAAGCCUGAAGUGCACCCUGUGGAAAAUGAAGCUGUCGCCCCAGAGUUCACCAAUCGGAACCCCCGGAACCUGGAGCUUCUAUCUGUAGCCAGGAAAGAGCGGGGCUGGCGGACGGUGUGGCCCUCCCGUGAGUUCUGGCACAGGUUGCGAGUUAUAAGGACUCAGCGUCAUGUAGAAGCACUUGUGGAGCAUCAAAAUGGCAAGGUUGUGGUUUCGGCAUCCACUCGUGAAUGGGCUAUUAAAAAGCACCUUUAUAGUACCAGAAAUGUGGUGGCUUGUGAGAGUAUAGGACGAGUACUGGCACAGAGAUGCUUAGAGGCGGGAAUCAACUUCAUGGUCUACCAACCAACCCCAUGGGAGGCAGCCUCAGACUCGGUAUUUUUGUUUUCAUGUACUUAUUGAAAAGAUGAAACGACUACAAAGUGCCAUGACAGAAGGUGGUGUGGUUCUACGGGAACCUCAGAGAAUCUAUGAAUAAAUGAAUAAAUGGAAGCAUUAAUUGUUUUGAACAUGUAAAUAUAAAACUGUCAGCCACUACAGCCAUCAAAAGAGAGCAUCUGGAAGAACAGCCAGCUUGGAAGUUUUACAGCAAUAAUGUUGCAGUGGAAUAUUAUUUGUAGUUAAGGUCAUCCUCCUCCCCUUUCUGUUUUCUUAAAUCAAGAACUACAUUCUGCCCCUGUCUUGGGCUUCAGAAGCAUCUAAGAAAAGCAGUCAUCAAUUAUAAUUAACUUUCAAAGGGCAAGUCAGAAGUUGUUUAUAAAUUACAAAAUAAAGGCAUCUUAUGAACUCUUA